AUGACGCCGACGACUCCGUUGAAGAAGGCGAACUCCAGACCAAGAGAGAAGAUUCAGAGGGAACCCGAUGAAGGUGCUGUCGAGGGUGAAGGAGAUGAAGGCGAAGGUAGCGGAGCGGAGGAGGUUGAGCCCGAAGGUGUGGAGCCACGACCGUUCCCUCGCCCACGGGGACGCCCGCGUGGAAGAGGGCGAGGUGCAGCCCCCACUGGUCCCGGUCGUGGGCGAGGACGCGGGAGAGGGAGGGGACGGGGACGAGGGCGGGGUCGUGGGUCUUUGACUAUUCGACUGCCAAAGCGCGACGGCGAAGAUGCUGACGACGCUGAAGCCGAGGAAGGGGAGCAAGAUGGUCGACCAUUCAUGCGAGUGGGAGGAAAGGUAUACUUUAUUGACGGCGAUGAGUUUGUCACAGACCCGGACGAGAAAGGUGACGAGAAGGUUGAUGCUGAUGGCAAUCUUCUAGGAGGUCGCAAGUUCAAAUGCCACACCUUCGUGCUACCCCAGCGGCACCCAAGUCGGCAGUAUAUGCUCGCCAUUGAUGCCGCGCGUGCGUCAGGGUUUCGUGAUUCUCUAUAUUUCUUCCGGCGUAAUCCGCUCGCGCUCAAGCUCUCCGCUACGCAGCCCGAAAAGGAGUUCCUCAUCUCCGCAGGGAAGCUCGGUGCACACCUGAAAACGCGCAGCGUCACCCUCGUCACUGCACGCAGUGCAUAUAAACUCCAUGGUGCCAAGAUGAUUCUGGAUGGCCGCUGGGUCACAGACGACUACUACGAAUCGAAAUCUCUCGCCGAGAUCACAGAAAAAGGACUUAAGCCAGGCGACCUGGUCGGCGAGCUUCCCGACCCAUUGGGUGCCUCAUCUCAAACCGCACCUUCAGGCCAGCAGCCCGCCACCUCUACAUCAUCAGGUAUAUAUCGAGCGGGAGGACCUACAACCAUUUUCGGGAGCACUGGUUGGGGACCGUUUAGUGAUGGACCACACAGCGCAGUGCGCAAAUCGAUCUUAACACGGGAGGGGCUCACGGAAGAGAACUGGAUGUCGGAGGCUGCAAGGCGUGUCGGAGAUGCUGGUGAGGAAUGGGCGCGGAUGAGAAGGCAAGCAAGGGUUGCGUGUGGUGGGAUCCUUGGGGAUGGACUUGACAAGGGGAAGGGGAAGGAAGUGCAAGUGACUGAAGCAGAGGAGAAGCGAGGAGCGACUGAGGAGCUGGAGGGCGCGGAGAGGAAGAGAGCGAGAGUUGAAGAAUCGCAAUAUCCUCUUGGCGUGUAUGAGCCACACACAGGACUGGUCCAUUAUCGCGCAGACACGCAACCUACCCGCUGUCGCUGGGAACAAAUUGGACAGCGGACAAUGCUUCGGGGAACGAAGGCAGGGAAUGGCGCUUGGGCGCUUGCAUGGGUCGAUACACAUAUCGAACUGCCCACGCCGGAAGAGGCAGAUCCAUAUGCACGAACGAGAGCAGAGAUUUUGGAGGCAGUGGGUGAGAUGUGUUAG